AUGACCAUCGGACCUAUAUUUGGUCUUUUUUUCCAGAUCUUAAUUGGUGCUAUUUCAGAUCACUCAAGUUUCAGUUACGGCCGACGACGUCCUUUUAUGAUUGCUGGCCUUGUUGUGUUUGUGAUUGGAGGUGUUGUUAUAUCAUGCUCUGGUAUCUACCCAUUACUUUCGAUCAACAGCUUUGAGGCGAACAACACACUUCAGAUUGUUUCGGACAUCUUUUUUGUGAUCGGGAACAUCCUCUGGACCAUUGGCAUCAACGCGAUACAAUUGUCUUACCGAGCAUUUAUAUUGGACUGCUUUGAUAGUGUAGACCAAGUCAGAGCAAAUUUGAUUGGAGCGUUUAUGGGGGGUAUAGGGCAGACCUUUUAUUUUGCGGUGACUAUUAUAGUGUAUGUUUCAAUUCAACCAGAAGUACAUUCAACAAAUGAACAACGUGGCAUGACUAUUGCUCGAUUAGUUGGUGGGUACGUUCUCUAUGUGUUUUCACUUGUUUUACUGCCAAUCAGCGUUUGUGU